AAUAUUAAGCCCGCCCAUCUAUGUCUUGACAGCGAACAUAAAAAGGACAUGUACACCGUGCGUUUAUAACGACACAGCUACUUAGCUAGCUAAUUAGCUAACGUAUUGCGCCUCGGACUUUAUUGUCCACAUAAAUCAUUGACAUUCAAUGGUUUUAUUUAUCACAAACUACAGCAUAUAUGCAGUUAUUUAGUCAUUUCAAUGGCGUUCAAUGGCCACCAGCGCGACGAUGAAGGUAUCGACGAAGACGAAACGCCCACGAAGCAGCCGCGGUCCAACAAGGAGAUGCCCGGUUGUUUCAUACACGAGCCCAACAAUGAAGCAUCUGUGUCCGCGGGGAGAGCCAUAUCCGACCGGCGGACCUCCAACUCGACGGCGAGGCAUCGGAGGGACUCGGUGAAGAAAACAAGGCCGCCUUUUCCCUGGUUUGGGAUGGACAUUGGAGGCACUCUAGUGAAGCUGGUGUACUUUGAGCCCAAAGACAUUACAGCAGAGGAGGAGCAGGAAGAGGUGGAGAACCUGAAGAGCAUCCGGCGCUACCUAACCUCCAACAUCGCCUAUGGGAAAACAGGCAUCAGGGAUGUGCACCUGGAGCUGCCGGACCUGACGCUGUGCGGCAGGACAGGCAACCUGCACUUCAUUCGCUUCCCCACGCAUGACCUGCCGGCCUUCCUGCAGAUGGGCCGCAACAAGCACUUCUCCAGCCUUCACACCACCCUCUGCGCCACGGGAGGGGGGGCGUACAAGUUUGAAUCUGAUUUCCGCACGAUGGCCGACCUGCAGCUCCACAAGCUGGAUGAGUUGGACUGCUUGAUCCGGGGUGUGCUGUACAUCGACUCGGUGGUGUCCAGCGGCUCCUCCGAGUGCUACUACUUUGAAAACCCCACUGAUCCGGAUCGCUGCGUCCAGAAGCCUUACACACUGGAGAACCCCUACCCUCUGCUGCUGGUCAACAUCGGGUCUGGGGUCAGCAUCCUGGCCGUCUACUCUGAGAACAAUUACAAACGAGUUACAGGGACCAGCCUCGGUGGUGGGACCUUCCUGGGCCUGUGUUGCCUGCUGACCGGCUGCUCUACUUUCGAGGAAGCUCUAGAAAUGGCUUCUCAGGGGGAGAGCACCAGAGUGGACAAGCUGGUCCGGGACAUCUACGGAGGAGACUAUGAGAGGUUUGGACUGCCAGGCUGGGCUGUAGCCUCAAGUUUUGGCAACAUGAUGUCCAAAGAGAAGAGGGAGUCGGUGUCCAAAGAGGACCUAGCCAGAGCAACUCUGGUCACCAUCACCAACAACAUCGGCUCCAUCACCAGGAUGUGUGCUCUCAACGAGAACAUCGAGAGAGUGGUGUUUGUGGGAAACUUCCUCCGAGUGAACACGCUCUCCAUGAAGCUGCUGGCCUACGCCAUGGACUACUGGUCUAAAGGACAGCUCAAGGCACUCUUCCUACGACAUGAGGGCUACUUCGGAGCAGUUGGAGCCUUGCUAGAGCUUCUACAUCCGUCCUAAUCCAUCCAAAGAACUACUUGUCAAUCUGCUGCAGAGACCAAUAGCACUUUAGACUGUUGAGAUGUGAUUCCACUGAGAUGUUACGCCAGCCACCAGUCACUUACUGCUAAAUUUUGGCUGUGGCAGGCAAAUAUUUGAGGUCCUAUAAUCAAGCUGAUUUUUAAGAGUAGAAGUGUCUUCUAAAUGUCGGUCCUCUUGUGCUCAGUUGAUGAAACUCCUGCCUGACCAAACUUUAGUGCAGCUAAUGUCGCUGUUUGCAGGACUUUUCAGACCAAGGCCAUGUUUGGUUCGAAACACCUCAAGGAACUUCACCACAGUUGCCUGAAAUAUUUUAGGUGACAAAGUACUUGUUGCUACCUAGUUUGUCUUUCAGACCCAACAGAGGGUACAAUGUCUGGGUCCAAGUAUUCACUAGUAAAUGUUGUUUAUUUCUCAGCUUAGGUACCAGGUGGGUGGGAGUUAGUGUCUUAUAUUGUUAUAUAUUUAGUGUCCAGAGCCAAAGAAGAGUUACUUACCAUCAUUUCUUUACCCAGAGAUAUAAAAGUCAACCCAAAGAUAUCAUGAAAGACCAAAAUCAGAGUGAAAUGUUGCAUUUAUAAAACCACAACAAGGAAAUUUCUAUCACUUGGGUGUUUUUUCCUUUAAAUUGGGUAUGUUAAUCCACCUAUCAUAAUAAAUUUAUAUAUUUGUAGGUUUGAAUAAGUCAUUGGAAACCAGGCAAGCUAAAUUUGUUAUCUUUUUGUUCAUAUUUUGAACUAAAUAGAUUGAAAUCUAAAAUUUGCAUGACUUACAGUUGGAUUGUUUUUUUUUAUUUACUGUAGCAUUAAAUGCAAAAUGGAUGGAUGGUUCCAUCUCACAGCAGAUUGAAAAAAUACUGAAAAUCACAUGAAACCACUAAAUACUGGUUGUUUAUCGUCUGUGAACAUUUCCUUAUUGUUACUGAUUGGAUUUGCUGCAAAAAUAGCAGGUUUUCCUUACUGUAUGUUGACUAACAGUCUCUUAAAUUACACCUUAAUGUGAAAUAUUUGCACAAGAGGUCACCAUUUCUUAAGUUGUAUUCUAAAAUGAAGGGCCAGAAUUUGUGAGCUCAGCCUUUUGUUAAAGAUCUUUUUUAAUUCAACAGUUUUCUAUCGGGAUAUCUUGACAAUCAGUGUUUUGGUUAUUUAAAAUGUAAAGUUUUAAUCAUAAUUUUAUCUCUGCCCUGUUUAAGUUCCCUCAAGAAACUUCUUUCCUUGUGAAACUGAGAGGAAGUGUGGUGAAAAUGUAGAAAGCUACAUGUGGCAACACUAUAGAGGUAAAAAAGCAGGGCAUUAUAUCAUCCAGCUUUUCCUGUAUUCAAGAAGAAUGGUACUUCCCUCCAUAGGAGGUCUACAAUCCCAUAUUCCAAAGCCAUUUCUGUCUAAUUGACACUGCUCAGUUUGUCUGAAAGCAUCCACAUUUUCAGCUUAAUUUUCAUCUUUGUCUGUCUCCAUAAGGCUCUGUAUUUUUAUGGGAGUUUAGCAAGAUGUCUCUUAUUUUAUUUACUGUUAUUCAUCCAGUUUCACUGUUUGUUUGGUCCAAUUAUCAAACACAGGGACCAUCAUGAAUCAAACUACUGACUGAAGAAAAGUCACCUCUAGUAUAGUUGAAAAUUCAUUGUACACAAUUUUAUCUGUAAGAAACUAGAGAUAAUUAAGUAAAUAAUAAGUGCCUGUCAUGUUUUUGUAUAGAAUUCGUUGAUUUGUUCAGCAGUGUGAUCUUAAAAAAGAAAUAAUCUGUAUUCUAAGUUUUCUGUUUGCUUGUACAUUGCAAAGACAACUUUGUACCUGGUUUUGUAUCAGUGAUUACAAAUUUCUGAUUGCAUUCUCCCUGUUAAAUACAUUUUUCUUAUUUUUA